AUGGAUAACAAUGCUAAAGACAAUAAUUCCUAUAUUUUUGAGCUUAUACAAAAUAUUAAGAAUGAAAUUAAAAGUAAAGUUAGAGAUAUUACUAAUGAUGAAAGUGAUGAAGUAAAUGAAUUUGUUAAUAAAACUAAAGAAGAAGCUGCCAAUAAGAAAAAGAAGAAGCUGCUGAU